AUGUUGAGCCCGUGGUUCUCGCUUGUGCUCCCCCUUGUCUCCCUCUGCCUCGCCCAUGCCCCCCCCGGCUACGGCGGUCAAGGCAUUGAGCCGCCGGCGGCCUUUCGAGAGCUCGAGGCCCGCUACUCUGCCUCGUCGGACGAGCUCACGGGGGCGUACGCGCAAGGCGCGUGUACGCAGAGGAACAUGGGCAUCCGUCGCCCCUGGCAUCAUCUGGCAAUGCACGAGCGCCGUGACUAUAUUCGAGCUGUGAAAUGCCUUCACAACAAACGGUCGACGGCGGACCCGCGAGUGGCGCCGGGCAACCGCAACCGCAUGGACGACUUUACCUCUUCGCACAUCAAGGUUGCGACGCUGAUCCAUUCAUCGGGAUAUUUUCUGCCCUGGCACAGGUACUUUGUCUGGGCAUACGAAAAGAGCCUCCGCGAGGAGUGCCACUACCAGGGUUAUCAGCCGUACUGGGACUUUUCACGCUGGUCCGACAACCAGCUUGCCUCUCCCGUCUUUGACGGCUCCCCGGGCAGCCUCGGGGGCGACGGAGAGGCCAUUGGAGACCAGACGAGGGUUCUGGACAUGCCGGCGCUGCCCGUCGAGGUCAACUUCACCGUCUUUGGCGGCACGGGGGGCGGCUGCGUCAAGACGGGGCCCUUUGCCCACUUCAACAUCUCCCUCGGCCCCGUCGUGUCCUUACCGCCGGUGAACCCGGUCAGCGACCCGCUGGGCCUCGAGUACAACCCGCGCUGCCUCACCCGCAGCUUCUACCCGCCGGCCAGCAUCCUGGGGCUCAACUGGGCCAACGUGACGAGACUGCUGCAGACGGAGAACAUCCAUCAGUUCCGUCCGCUCAUGGAGUCGGACGACAACGGCGUCCACAUCUCGGCGCACGGGGCCAUUGGCGGAGAGGCCGUCGACUUCUUCUCGUCGCCCGGCGAACCGGCCUUUUUCCUGCUACACGCCCAGAUCGACCGGCUCUGGACCAUCUGGCAGGGCCAGGACUGGGCGGGGAGGAGGGAUGGGCUGGAUGGAACCGCUACGUUUCGGAACCUGCCCCCGAGCCCCAAUGUCACGACUGAGACGUUGAUGGACAUGGGCUACGCAGGCGGCCAUGUCCCGGUUGGGGAUGCCAUGUCUCCGAUUGACGGACCCUUUUGCUACAAGUAUGAAUGA